AUGGAGUAUCUCACUAGAAUAAUGAAAAGAGUUGGCCAGAAAUCUGAUUUUAUCUUUCAUAACAGAUGCAAAGAGCUGAAGUUGAAUCAUCUUAUUUUCGCAGAUGAUGUCUUACUGUUUUGCAAUGGUGACUACAAGAGCAUCUAUUAUCUACUACAGGGCCUCAAGUUGUUUUCGCAAACAUCAGGAUUGCAGCCUAAUGCUUCGAAGUCUGCAAUAUAUUACAGUGGGAUGAAUAAUAAUGAGGUCCAACACAUUCUGGAAGCUUCGGGCUUUAGGAAAAGUGAUGUCCCGCUCAGCUAUUUAGGUAUUCCCAUCUGUGCUAAACGUAUAUCUGCUAAGGAGUGUAGCUUGUUGGUGGAUAAAAUGACCAAUAGGAUCAGGUCCUGGAGUACAAGGAAUAUUUCAUUUGCAGGUCGGGCAGUCUUGAUUAAUUCUGUUCUACUUGCAAUUCAUUCAUAUUGGAGCCAAAUCAUGUUGCUGCCUAAGAAGUUGCUAAAAGAAAUUGAGGCCAUCUGUAGAGCCUUCUUGUGGAAUGGUCAACAAAUGAUGGCUGGAGCAGGGCAAAUUGCUUGGGACAGCAUAUGUAAGCCUAAAGCCGUAGGAGGUAUAGGCUUCAAGAACAUUUCUGAAUGGAACAAAGCAGCCAUGUUUAAGUAUGUUUGGGCUGUAGCGGCUAAAGAAGAUAAUUUGUGGAUCGUAGCAAUCAAAGACAAAGUGAAGACUCUUGUGGACUUAGCUCUGUUCACUCAAGGAAGGUAUAAGAUUGCAGAGGGAUACAAGCUUCUAUGUCCUGUACAUGAUCGGGUCAAUUGGAGUAAGGAAGUUUGGGGGAGAUUGAAUACCCCAAAGCAUAGUUUUGUUCUAUGGCUUGCUAUCCAAGACAGGUUGAAAACUAAAGCAAGGUUGUAUCGGUUUAAUGUCCUCGCUGAUGCUAGAUGUCAGUUUUGCACAGUGGAAGAUGAAACAAUUGCUCACUUAUUCUUUGAAUGUCCAUUUACUAGCGAUUGUCUUCAAUAG